GCUGGGUCUUUGAUACAUUUGGAGUAUUUGUCAUUCAGAACGGGCUUCAGUGCAGAUACUUCAGACAAAAUUAUGGAGCCUCAAAGUCAGAAUUUGAAGACGAUACCAUUAUUAUCUUUAGGAAGAUUUCAUAUUUCUGAAGAGUAUGGCUUUCUCCUUCCAAAUCCUCUGAAAGAACUUCCAGAUCAUUAUAGGCCUUGGAUGGAAAUUGCUAACAAACUCCCUCACUUGAUUGAGAGUCACCACCUUCAAGCUCAAGUAAACAAGAUGCCCCUCCUGGGCUGCCAGUUCCUCCAGAGUUACCGGGAGCAGCGCCUGGCCCACUUGGUUCUGAGCUUUAUUACCAUGGGGUAUGUCUGGCAGGAAGGAGAGAUGCGGCCCACGAAGGUUCUGCCAAGAAAUCUUGCCCUUCCCUUUGUUGAAGUCUCGAGGAACUUGGGGAUCCCUCCUAUCCUGGCCCACACAGACUUGGUGCUGACAAACUGGACCACCAGGGAUCCAGAAAGACCCCUGGAAAUCAGGAACUUGGACAUCAUUGUCUCAUUUCCUGGAGAAGAAAGUUUGCGUGGCUUUAUCCUGGUGACUGUUUUGGUGGAGAAAGCAGCGGUACCUGGGAUUAAGGCACUUGUUCAGGCAGUGAAUGCCAUCUUGCAGCCCAGCCGGAACUCCUUGCUUCAAGCCCUGCAGCGACUGAGACUCUCCAUUCAGGAUAUGACCAGAACUUUAGGACAAAUGCACGAUUAUGUUGAUCCAGACAUAUUUUAUGCAGUCAUCCGGAUCUUUCUCUCUGGAUGGAAAGAUAACCCAUCAAUGCCGGUGGGGCUGAUCUAUGAAGGAGUCUUUGCAGAGCCCCUGGAAUACUCUGGGGGGAGUGCAGCUCAGAGCACAGUGCUUCAUGCCUUUGAUGAGUUCUUAGGCAUUUAUCACAGCAAGGAAAGUGCUGAUUUUCUGCACAGGAUGAGGGAGUACAUGCCUCCCUCCCAUAAAGCCUUUGUAGAAGAAAUCCAUUCAACUGUCUCACUGAGAGACCACAUCCUGUCCUCUGGUAACGGCCAACUUCUGACAGCCUAUAACCAGUGUGUGGAGGCCCUGGCGGAGCUACGCAGCUAUCACAUCACUGUGGUGACCAAAUACCUCAUCACAGCGGCCGCCAAAGCAAAGGGCAGGAGGCUGAACUAUCUCCCUGGGCCAUCUCUGGCUUUAGAAGAGAGGGGCACAGGCGGUACUGUAGUUCUGAGCUUUCUGAAGAGUGUCAGGGAUAAAACGUUAGAGGCAAUUCUUCCUCCACCAAAGUGAUUAAGAGACUGCCCUCUUCCCAACAAGGCAACAGAAACUCGGAUUUCCCCUUACCCUCUCUCCCAUUGGAAGGCACGUGGGCAUGGAGAAUGAGAAUGUCUGGAAUCAUGUGACAGGGACCUCAGCCCUAUUUAUGCUCCUAUGUUCUGCAGAACACCAUCUUCUCCUUUAUUGAGAGCUGGCUCCAUCGCCAGCCAGAAAGUUUCCUUUCCCUUUCCAAUUACUGGUUAAUAGCAAAAACCUUUGGAUACUUCCUCUUUUCAGAACCCCACCGAGGAGCCAGUGUACCCCUAUUCAAUUUUCAAAGUCGUAGAAAAUCAAUCUAAAUUUCAAAAACCAAAUAAAAUUGCCUGUGGACAGAUCCCCUUGUUGAUUUCUUUAAAAAGCAAAUUAAAUAUUCAUGCAUUCAUUCAUUCAGUUAACAACUUGUUAGGUUCCUACUGAGCACCGGUUUAGGGAUUAGAGCAGAGAUUUUUUUCUGGCCCCAGUCCAUCUUUCUUCUCCCUAAAUGUGCUGAGUUUGUGGCAGGAGGUUGGAAAUGCUCCAGUGACGAUGAGGAGGAAAAAGGAGGCUCACAUAAGACUUGGAAGUCACCAGUGUAACAAUGAAUAGUUAAUGAUGUGGGAAUGGAUGAGGCUCUUCGGCAUGGUUCAUCAAUUUGCAAAUUCUGUUUUGGUUUCCUUCUUUAUUUUUGGAAGAAUGAUUCUGUCUCCUUACACUGAAAGUUUCUAUUUGUAAAAUGAAUUA